CGGACAUUUCCUUAAUCCGGAGAUUCGCCAACAUUGACCUUCUUUAGGUGAGGGAGAUUUUUCUGUAUACCAAAUACCUCUUUUCUCAAUUUGCUUAAGUUUCUUUACAUAAUUUAGUCCCUCAUGAUUUAGCACAUGUUGCAAAUUUACCUAUAAUAAUCAAUCGUUACUGGACGUUUUGUAAUCAAUUUUUUUUGGGGUCAAAUCUAAUCAUUUUUUAUAAAAAAAAGGUCAAGUAGUCAUAGUCUUCUUGGGCUCUUAGCUAGCUGUGGUUAUUUGUCUUCAUUCCCCGUUUUACUUGGCCUACUAAUUAUAUCUUUCAUCUCCCUCAAUUGCGUAACUAAUCCUCAAAACCUCUUAUCUGUCUCUUCUUCUCCUCUUCUCACUAAUUUUAAGUGCAUAAAAUCUCUCCACUUCUGUUCCUAUUUUUUGGGUUCCUUUUGUUCAAUUUUUUUCUAAAUGGUCCCUAAAACCAUUCAUGGAACCAAUAAAAUCAGUGAAUCAAAAGAGAUUUCCCAAGGAGUUUCUGGUAAUACCCAAGAAUCAUCAGUAGCCCAUGAGGCGGCUGCUGCAACUUCUGCAGUUGAUGCUUCUUCUUCUAUGCCACAACAACUAGUUCAGCAAGCUGAUGAUGGGAAACUGAGGGAUACAGUUCCUGAACAAGGUUCUGGACCAAUGGAUAACUAUAAUGGUUCAGUGUAUGUGGGUAUUAAUGAUACGCCUUCUCCUCGAGCUAGUCAUAACAGUAGGAAACUUUCCCUCUUGCCUCUUGUUUUUCUUAUCUUUUAUGAAGUAUCAGGAGGCCCUUUUGGUGUUGAGGAUAGUGUGAGGGCAGCUGGUCCUCUCCUGGCUCUUUUGGGAUUUCUAGUAUUCCCAUUUAUAUGGAGUGUUCCUGAAGCUUUAAUCACGGCUGAGAUGGGUACUAUGUUCCCUGAAAAUGGUGGUUAUGUGGUAUGGGUUUCCUCGGCGUUAGGUCCUUUCUGGGGUUUCCAGCAAGGUUGGAUGAAAUGGUUAAGUGGGGUUAUCGAUAAUGCAUUGUACCCUGUUUUGUUUUUGGAUUAUUUGGAUUCUGCCGUACCUGCUUUGAGUAGCGGAUAUCCUAGGGUUCUCGCUGUGUUAGGCUUGACUAUUGUCCUAACUUAUAUGAACUAUAGGGGUAUGACUAUUGUGGGAUGGGUUGCGGUUGUUCUUGGGAUAUUCUCGAUUCUUCCAUUUGUGGUUAUGGGCUUCAUUUCACUGCCCAAAUUGAGGCCUAAGAGAUGGUUGGUGGCGGAUGUACACAACGUGGACUGGAAUUUGUACUUGAAUACUCUCUUUUGGAAUCUGAACUAUUGGGAUUCCAUCAGUACACUUUCAGGAGAAGUAGAUAAUCCCCAAAAAAAUCUCCCGAAGUCUCUUUUUUAUGCUUUGCUGCUAGUUGUAUGCAGUUAUUUUUUCCCGCUUCUGGCCGGAACUGGUGCUCUUCCCCUCGAAAGAGAUUCUUGGACAGAUGGUUAUUUUUCAGAUGUCGCAAAAAUGCUUGGUGGGGUAUGGUUGAGAGAUUGGAUUCAGGGUGCUGCUGCUGUAUCGAACAUGGGGAUGUUUGUAGCUGAGAUGAGUAGUGAUUCUUUUCAGCUUCUUGGUAUGGCUGAAAGAGGAAUGUUGCCUGAUUUUUUUGCCAAAAGGUCUCGCUAUGGUACUCCACUGGUCGGUAUUCUAUUCUCUGCUUCUGGUGUGUUUUUACUUUCGUGGUUGAGCUUUCAGGAGAUAAUAGCUGCUGAGAACUUUUUAUAUUGCUUCGGGAUGAUACUCGAAUUCAUUGCAUUUAUCCGUUUGAGAUAUAAGAACCCGGAUGCUCCUCGGCCUUAUAAGAUACCGGUGGGUAAUGUCGGAGCCAUUCUGAUGUGUGUGCCACCAACUAUAUUAAUAGGUGCCGUGCUGGCCUUUUCUUCCCUGAAGGUCAUGAUAGUUAGCCUUGUAGCAGUUGCAAUAGGACUUGUAAUGCAACCGUGUCUUAAGCGGAUCGAGAAGAAGAAAUGGCUCAAAUUUUCUGUUAAUGCUGAUCUUCCAGAUAUUCAAGUUUCUUCUGCUCAUGGAAGUGCAGAAACUUUGAUCAGAUGACAAGAAUAUGCUGCAAAGGAGACAGACACCUUGGUUUGCAGUGCAGGAGCCCCGGUAUUCUUUCUAAACAUAAUUAGAGGGUAGUUAAAUCCUCCUAGAGGUCCUGUUACGAAGCAUCUUAGGUUGUCCAAUGCUUGUAUCUCCUUAUCAAUUUGUAUCUGUAUGCUGCUUGGAUUGUACCUGCAUUAACAAUUGGUAAGAGUUGAAUAUCUCUCCAGUGAACUGAAUUUUGGCCUGUGUGUAUGUUUUCUUCCCUUGUAUCUUUAGACCUUCCUUUUGAUCGGCAGAUGAUCUAGUAGUGGACAUGUCUGUAUCAAUCUGAGCUAGAUUUGUGAUUAAUGCAUAAUAUGGCAGAAUUUCUGUUCUCAUUUUUCCCAUAACAAAACUCUUUUUGUAUCUUGUGG